AUGUCCAAUAGUAAUAUGGAUCCGGAUUCAACAAGCAACUUCUUUCAUCUUGGAAUUCCUAUUGACAUGAUAAAUCAGUAUCCGGUUAUAAAAAUGUCUCUAACUGCAUUAACAAAUAUUUUACAAAAUGAAUAUUUACAGAAAAACUUUGUUCUUCAUUUUACUCCAAUUGAAGAAUAUCAAUAUGAUUUUCCGAGCGAUGUACCUCAAUCAGUACUCAUUCAAAUAAAACAAACUUUUACUGAAACGAAUUUACCAAGAAUUAUAUUUCAAGAGCACAGUAAAUUGGUUACUGUUAAUGAUUGUUCCGUCUAUGGUCUUUAUAAUGGACGACAAUGUGAAGAAGAUGAAGAUAUUAUUUACCUAAAUAAACAAGUAGGAAUAAUAUUCUUUGAACUGCUGAUUUUGGAAAGUUCAACUCUUGCUCAAAAUUUAACUUAUCUCGAAAAGUACGCAGCAGUUAUUCUAUUCACAAUAUUGCAUGAAAUUGGUCAUUGGGCUUUUUUCAAAUUCUCCUGUCGUUUCGAUGAAGAGAAAACAACACCAUGUGGUUAA